AAAUUUUUGUUUUAGUAAAACAGAGAAGAGAAUGGAGAGAAUGGAAAGACUCAUAUAAAGCCCGGAAAUUCCUGGCAUUGGUUCCGACCUGGUGUCCUGGACGAGGAGAGAGCCUCUCUCUUUGGCCUAAAACCCUGUACUUUCUCUCUUUCCUCUCUCUCUCUCUCUUGACUUUGUCUUCCUCUUUGAUCUGCAACUCAGAAGCUCUUUCUCUCUCGUUCGCCUCAUGGGUUCUUGCUAAAUUGUCUUCAACACCAAUGAGACUCAUGUUUCCAGGCGUUGGAAGAAGAAAUUGAACAUACGGACAAAUUAGUUUCAUCGUGGAGAAGAUCCGGGUUUCCUUUUAUGGACAUGUGUCGAUUAUACUAGUUUUGAGCUGAAAUUUGGAGAAAUGACAAGGGGAAGGAUAAGAGCAAAGCUCCAGCGGAGCCAUCUCUACACAUUCUCAUGCCUCCGGCCAAGUAACACAGAGGCUGAGGGACCGAAUUCAGUUCAAGGCUCGCGAAUUGUACAUUGCAACCAACCUCAUCUCCACCAGAAGAAACCUCUGAAGUAUUGCUCAAAUUUUAUAUCGACCACAAAAUAUAAUGUUGUCACGUUCUUGCCCAAGGCUAUCUUUGAGCAAUUCCGGAGGGUUGCUAAUUUGUACUUUCUUUUGGCUGCGGCUCUUUCACUCACAGCAAUUUCGCCAUUCAGUGCUAUAAGCAUGAUCGCUCCUUUAGCAUUUGUCGUUGGGCUCAGUAUGGCAAAGGAAGCCCUGGAAGACUCACGUAGGUUUCUUCAGGAUAUGAAGGUUAAUCUCAGGAAAACUAGUGUUCAUAAAGGGGAUGGUGUUUUUGGUUAUAGGCCAUGGCAUAAGAUUCAGGUGGGGGAUGUGGUGAAAGUUGAAAAGGAUCAAUUUUUUCCUGCAGAUUUACUUCUAUUGUCGUCAAGUUAUGAGGAUGGGAUUUGCUAUGUGGAGACUAUGAAUUUAGAUGGUGAGACAAACUUGAAGAUAAAGAGAUGUUUGGAGGAGACCGUGCCUUUGAAUGAUGAUGAAUCUUUCAAGAAUUUCACUGGGAUGAUCAGAUGUGAAGACCCAAAUCCCAGUCUUUACACCUUUGUGGGUAAUAUGGAGUAUGACGGUCGUGUGUUUUCUCUUGAUCCCGGUCAGAUUCUCCUAAGAGAUUCAAAGCUCAGGAAUACAGCUUAUGUAUAUGCUGUGGUGAUCUUCACUGGUCACGAUAGCAAAGUCUUGCAGAAUGCAACAGAGUCCCCUUCCAAAAGGAGCACAAUUGAAAAGAAAAUGGACUACAUCAUAUACAUCCUUUUCACUUUCCUUGUAGUGAUCUCAUUGAUCAGCUCAAUUGGCUUUGCUGUGAAGACUAAAUACCAAGUGCCGGAUUGGUGGUACUUACAACCCCAGAAUACUGAUAAUUUAUUUGAUCCCAACAGGCCUGCAUUAUCUGGAUUUUACCAUCUGAUAACUGCUCUCAUCCUUUAUGGAUACUUAAUACCCAUCUCACUUUAUGUUUCAAUUGAGGUUGUAAAGGUUUUGCAAGCAACCUUCAUCAACCAAGACAUACAUAUGUAUGAUGAAGAGACUGGAAAUCCUGCUCAAGCACGGACAUCAAAUUUGAAUGAGGAAUUAGGCCAGGUAGACACAAUCCUAUCUGAUAAAACUGGUACUUUGACCUGCAAUCAGAUGGAUUUUCUAAAGUGCUCCAUCGCGGGCACCGCAUAUGGCGUGCGCUCUAGUGAAGUUGAACUUGCUGCUGAAAAACAGAUGGCUAUUGAGGAAGAGGAAGUAGACCUUUCCAAUUUUCCCUUGCAUAGAGAUAGUCAACAUGAUUCCAGGAGGAAUGUCAGAAGAGCUUCAGAAAUUGAACUGGAGACUGUCAUUACUUCCAAUGUUGGAAAUGAUCAGAAACCUGUCAUAAAAGGGUUUAACUUUGAGGAUGGCCGCCUCAUGAAUGGAAAUUGGAUGAAGGAACCAAAAACUGAUGUCCAUUUACUUUUCUUCCGGAUAUUAGCAAUUUGUCAAACUGCAAUUCCUGAGCUGAAUGAAGAGACUGGGAGUUGUACAUAUGAAGCAGAGUCACCAGAUGAAGGGGCUUUUCUUGUUGCAGCGAGAGAAUUUGGUUUUGAGUUUCGUAAAAGAACUCAAUCAAGUGUGGUUAUCUGCGAAAGAUAUCCUAAUCCAGGGCAACCAGUUGAAAGGGAGUACAAAAUUAUGGAUAUACUUGACUUCACCAGCAAAAGAAAGCGCAUGUCUGUAAUUGUGCGGGAUGAGGAGGGACAGAUUCUGCUUCUGUGUAAAGGUGCUGACAGCAUAAUUUUUGAUCGACUUUCAAAGAAUGGAAGAAUGUACGAGGAAGUUACUACCAAGCAUUUGAAUGAAUAUGGAGAAGCUGGGUUGCGUACAUUGGCACUUGCUUAUAGAAUGCUCGAGGAGUCUGAGUUUGCCACUUGGAACAAUGAGUUUCAGAAAGCCAAAGCAUGUAUUGGGGCUGAUAGAGAGGCAAUGCUUGAGCGGCUAUCAGAUAUGAUGGAAAGAGAGUUGAUACUUGUGGGUGCUACUGCUGUGGAGGACAAAUUGCAGAAAGGGGUGCCCCAGUGCAUUGAUAAACUUGCACAAGCUGGUCUCAAGAUAUGGGUCUUGACUGGGGAUAAGAUGGAAACGGCAAUCAAUAUUGGAUUUGCAUGUAGUUUGCUCCGACAGGGCAUGAAGCAUAUCUGUGUGACAACUAUGAAUUUAGACUCUUUAUCCAAAGAUGUCAAGGAGGCUGUGAAAGAGAACAUUUUGAAUCAACUCACCAAUGCCUCUCGAAUGAUAGAGGAGGAGAAGGAUCCACAUGCUGCAUUUGCAUUAAUCAUUGAUGGAAAAACUUUGAUCCACGCUUUGGAGGAUGAUAUGAAGCAUCAAUUUUUAGGCUUAGCAGUUGCUUGUGCAUCUGUCAUAUGCUGUCGUGUCUCUCCCAAGCAGAAGGCAAUGGUAACAAGGUUAGUGAAAGAAGGAACUGGGAAAACCACCCUGGCAAUUGGUGAUGGUGCAAAUGAUGUGGGAAUGAUUCAAGAAGCUGACAUUGGUGUUGGCAUCAGUGGGGUUGAAGGUAUGCAGGCUGUAAUGGCUAGUGAUUUCUCCAUUGCCCAGUUUCGGUUUCUGGAGAGACUUCUGGUGGUCCAUGGACACUGGUGCUACAAGAGGAUUGCUCAGAUGGUUUGUUAUUUCUUCUACAAAAACAUAGCAUUUGGUCUCACCCUCUUCUACUUUGAGGCUUUUGCGGCCUUUUCUGGACAGUCAGUUUAUGAUGACUGGUACAUGCUGUUGUUUAAUGUUUUACUUACAUCAUUGCCCGUCAUUUCACUUGGUGUUUUUGAACAAGAUGUCUCUUCUGAAGUCUGCCUACAGUUCCCUGCACUAUAUCAGCAAGGGCCAAGAAACCUUUUCUUCAACUGGUACAGGAUUCUUGGGUGGAUGGGCAAUGGUGUCUAUUCCUCCCUCAUUAUAUUCUUCCUCAACAUCAUCAUCUUUUACGAUCAGGCAUUCCGUGCUGGAGGCCAGACAGCUGAUAUGGAUACCGUUGGUACGACAAUGUUUACGUGCAUCAUCUGGGCUGUCAAUUGCCAGAUUGCCCUCACAAUGAGCCACUUCACAUGGAUCCAACACCUCCUGGUCUGGGGCAGCAUUGUCACCUGGUAUCUGUUUCUCUUACUCUAUGGCAUGACAUCACCGCUUAUUUCUGGGAAUGCCUAUAAACUUCUGGUUGAAGUUCUUGGUCCUGCUCCAAUUUAUUGGGCUGCCACCCUUCUAGUAACAAUUACUUGUAAUCUUCCUUACUUCGCACACAUAUCUUUCCAAAAAUGUUUCAAUCCAAUGGACCAUCACGUCAUCCAAGAAAUCAAGUACUACAAAAAAGACGUCGAGGAUCAACACAUGUGGACUAGGGAGCGGUCCAAAGCCAGACAUGAUACCAAGAUCGGGUUCACAGCAAGGGUGGAGGCAAAGAUCAGGCAGUUGAGAGGCCGGCUACAGAAGAAGCACUCCUCGGUUGCAUCAUGACCAUGUCCCACGAUUUUUCUCGAACUUUUUUUCGUAGAGUUUGUGGCUGUUUGUAGUUAUAUGCCUUGAUCCUUCUACUCAAAUUCAUUUAUUUGCUUUCUUUCUUAUCCAGUAAAUUGGAGUCGGUUGAAGUCAUUCAUUACAGAAACACAUUAGAGCCUGUUGUAUGUACCAUGUUUAUUGAGGUGAAGAAUUAAUAGUCUGUGAAAA